UUAUUGUUGCUUCUUAGUAUUAUUGUGAAAGUAGAUGUAAAAUAACAGAUAAAAUUUCAUUGAAUUAUAUCGUCUUAUUUCCGCUAUUUAUUUCGAAAAACACUCUGAUAAAAGUACAAGAUUUUUGUGGAAAAUGCUCUAACACCUUCCUCGUCAACAGUUUUGCUAGCGAAGAAAAAAUGGCGCCCACAGCCUCUAGAUCGCGCGACCACCGAAUUUACGUGAAAAAUGAAUAAUAUGUACGAGGUAAAGUGGCUUGACGUUAAUGUCAUUUGGAAGGAGAAAACGGUAUAGACUUAUGAAGAAGCGACCGUCGUUCUCCUCUUUUUUAUUUCGAUACGUGGCUGAGAAGAUCGUGGGGAAAUAAAAAGAUAUCUCGAUGCACGACACGAAUCAGAAAAGAAGGUACGUGGGACAAAAUAAAUUUUGUCCAAGAUGUCAGGAAGGCUACCUCGAUUGCGUGCACUUCGUCCACGACCUCAGCAACUGAAAAUUGAACCGCAUAAGGAAAGUAACCUUAAAGAAACUCGACAGGAAGUCGCGAUGCGGGAAUACGAGUUACAGGAGAGUUCCGAGGAAAUUUCAUACGAUGUCAAAGGCAAUAGCUCUGUAAGGAACAGUCUGAAACGUGAACACGAGGGAUACGAUUGUUCGGGAUCUUCGCAAAAUUAUGAAUGUAAAACUUGUAAACCCUCAAAGCCCCUGUCUAAUCUUAAAGCGUAUCUUGAUCAUUUGAAAAAAGAACACAAACAAAAGGGAAAAUUUAUACGCGAUACUGGAAAUCGAUGUUCCAUGUGUUCAUAUGUUUCCCUAAAUUCAAGGGAUCUUGAAACUCAUCAGAGAGUACAUCAUUUGAAAAGAAGAUUUUUUAGAUGCGCUAAAUGUUCUUAUGUCACGCAUGUACGUGCUCGUUACACAAAGCACGUGAAAUAUCAUUCCAUGCCAAUGAUUAAGUGCGAUGCUUGUGACUUUCGUACACCGUACAAGUGGAAUUUAGACAGGCACACCAGGAAUCAUGGAGGAGGAGGAGCUUUCCAAUGUCGUGCUUGCAAUUUUACAGCUGAUAUCAGGCAGAGUUUAACAGUGCACGAAACCAAUCAUCACGAACCUCCUGUGAGUCAAACAAAUCGCAAAUCUAACACACCUUUUGAGCGUAAACCAAGAAAUAGCCCUAAGCGUUACAACCAGGUGGGUGCAAGUGAUUUUCGAGAUUCGUUACGCAUAUCUGGAAGUACAAGCGUGUCGAUCAGUCCUGGAGAUUCGUACUCGAUUUCUGACCAGGCUUUGGAAGAUAAAAGAAGUGCAAUGGCAAAUGCCGAAUGUAUAGCGUUAAAAUGCGAGGAGAAAGGUUGUCAAUUUAUUACAGCAUGGGAUUCUGAAAUGCAACGACAUCUGGCAGAAUGUCAUGCUCCAAUUACACCGAAUAAAUCUAAAAAACCACUGCCAAUGUUAAUACCUUUAAGCCCUGCUAAAUCUGGCAGCAGCAACACCAGUGGAUCUUCGGCAACAUUAUUGAAAGUUCCGCGUGUGAGGGUAAGGCCGGAACUUGCACAAAUCGCAAGAGACACCGAACUAGCCAAGUUGUAUGGAAAUAAAGAAGUGAGAAAUUUAAAGAAGGAUGCAAAUAAUGCGGCAGAUUUAUUUGAAAAAAAAAAUGCGUCCUUCUUUGAUAAGCUAAAGGAAAAGCUUACAACGUCGGCGUCAAUUAAUAACGGAGUACCAGAGGUAGCUGUAAGUACUACGAACGAUUUGAAAUGCUGGUGUACUUUUAAAGCUAGUAGCAUGGAAGAGCUGGCUUGUCACAAACAAACACACCACACCGCUCUCAGUGUAUCUGUGGGUACAACGCGUUGUCCUAAGUGCAGAAGACGUUGCAAAAGUUCGACUGAUCUACAAGUGCAUAUGCAGUGUUGUCACUCGACAAGCAACAAUACGUCCAUACACAAUAGCUUAGAAAAAAUAUCAAAUUGUUCAGAACUCCGUGUGACCUCGUAUCGCGGUGAAUAUACAUUUCCUGCGCAAACGGAUUGGGACAUUAAUCUCAGCGGACUGAAUUCUUCUGGAUCAUCGGUUGAAGGCACCUCGACGCAUCCAUGUGGCCGACGGGUAUUUAAAUGCCCGCAUUGUCCAUUUUGGGCAUCCACCGCAAGUCGUUUUCAUGUUCAUAUUGUCGGUCAUUUAAAUCGGAAGCCAUUCGAGUGUUCCCUAUGCGCGUAUCGCUCUAACUGGCGAUGGGACAUCACAAAACAUAUUAAACUUAAAGCAGCUAAAGAUCCAGUUCAUAUGACUGCCACGGUACUUAUGACGGAUGAAACAGGUCGACGGAAUUAUUCCAAAUAUAACAAAUACCUUGCACAGGUCGAACAACAAUCGUGGGACGAACAAAACAUGGAGGAGCGUAACGUAGAAGAAACAAAUUCUGACGAACCACCGACAAAGUUGUUAAUAAUGAACACCGAUGAAUAUUUACAAGCACCCGAACUUACGACUACUCCGAUUUCGAUAAUGUCUACGAACGAAGGAAAUCAUAAUGUUAACGCUAUUAAUAUUGGACUAAGGCCACCUCCCCCUCUGAAAGCUGCUGCUAGAAAUCGUGGUCAAUCGUUGCUUAAAAAUAAUUUGAAUUCUACAAGUCAGCCGAGUACAUCUACCUCUGCUACGAGUUCGGAAGAAAAUAAACGUACAAUGUGGAAGUGUAAGCGUUGUAAUUUUCGACAUUCCAAUAGAGAAACUGUAUCGUUGCACGUUAAGUCUCAUAGUGAAUCGGAGCAACGAUACGAAGAAGAAAAAAAUGCAUUUAGCUGCGGAGAUUGUCCAUAUUCUGCAUCCGAUGCGGCUACUUUAUCGAUGCACCGAGUUCAUCAUCGUCCAAAUUUGGAAGCAAUUUUCAAAUGUUAUUUAUGCCCUUAUUACGUUAGCACAAAAGCGGAGCUUUUGGAUCAUGUUAGACUUCACGGAGAAGAACUUGCUGUUGUACAUCAACAGAAUAUGGAUUAUAAUUUUUCACCUACUAAAUCUAAAACGCAGCAACCAUUAGGAGAAGAUACGAAUCGUAUGAAAGGAGAGAAAUCUGUGGAACAAGUGAUACAUAUAACAACGCAAAAUAACGUGACUUGUAUCACAAGUGCCUCAAAAAGUAGUUCCAGUGUACCUCCGCCGUUACUUCUGGAUACCCGAGCACUGCCUGAAGCUCCGUUAGUAUGGGUGUCCCGACCGGAUGGUACACUUACGAAGAUGUUAAAAUGUCGUCACUGCCCUUUUGUGUCUUCGCGACGUGCCGAAGUUCGAGAUCACGAAAGCAUGCAUCUCGAUUCUCCUGGUAAUGGUCCUGUGAUCGCAUGUACCGAUUGUAGUUUUACUUGUACGCGACGAGAAGUAAUGGUCGCGCACAUAGACAUGCAUUCCGGUUCUUUAGGUACCGUUCAUUGUUUAGUAGACGAUUCGAGGCCAGAUUCGCAGCAGUUGAUCGAUUUGACUGCGCUUCUCGGAUUCACGCAUUCCCCUGUAUUGGGCUCGGAGCCUGAUCUACGUGAUUCCAGGCUUGUGCAUUGUUGCAGUAAAUGCCCAGCGCGAUUUCUUUGCGAGAAAGAAUUAAGAAUUCAUUUGCGAUAUCAUUCAACGGAAUUGGCUUACUCUUGCCAGUGGUGUUCUUACGCUGCUCGACAACCAGCUCACCUUCUAGCUCAUCAGAAAGCACAUUCGACCGAGUACCAAGAACGUACCAAGUACUUGUUAUCACUGUACGGUUACUCGCAACGUUAUCCACCUCCUACCACAGCCUGCGUCGAAACAAAUGGCCAAGGCACAAAUAAUUCAACGCCUACCGUUGCAUGGAUCGUAGUAGAAAUUACGGAGACUUCGAGUAGCAGUUUCAAUAGUAAUGGUAAUAGUAACAACAACAACAACAACAACAACAACAACAGCAGCAACAACAACAAUAACAGCAAUAAUAACAACGCAAACCAACGAAAUCAAGGAAAUCAAGUAUUCACUUGUGCCAAGUGUCCGGCUCGUUACUUCAAACUCGAUGCUCUGGAGUAUCAUAUGACUUUGCAUGGAUCCAACAACAGAUUCAAAUGCACCGAAUGCGAUUACUCGUCGAAGACAGCUCAGAAUUUGGUAAAACAUCAAGUGGUUCAUAGACGACAGAAUGAUACGAACGAUGUAACUUCGAAUCUGAGUCCGCCACCCGAUCCUCAGUUUGGAAUCUUUAUGCGUGGCAAUCCGAAUUUCGUAUACCCUGGUUACUUGAGGAAUGGUCGUUUGAAAGAGAAACGUUACAAAUGUCACAAAUGUCCUUCCGCUUUUGAGAAACGAGAACAGUAUAGAGUUCAUUUGACGUUGCACGGAGCGAAACAAAGAUAUCGUUGCGACACUUGUGAUUAUUCUGUCAAAUAUUAUGCUAAUUACAUACAGCAUUUGAAGAAGCAUCAAGCAAAUGCCGAAGCGCAAGCGUCGCGGAGGCAAUUCGAAGAUGACACGAUCACCAUCGAUAGCGAUACAGUUUCCGAUAGGGAAUCUAUAUCUCGUUCAGGAAAGACUCUUAAAUCGUCGAAUAAUUCAGCUGCAACAAUGUCUACGAACGGAAUAUCAAUGUUAAAUUACGGUGGAGUUCAAGCUUCGAAUCAAGACAAGCAGUCUUUAAUGUUGUUGCAAAAGAAAGGUAUACUGGUAUCGUCGAACGACGAAGUGGAAACGUUACGCUGCCAAAGUUGCCCGUUCUCCACCUGUGACAAAGAAGCGAUGGACGCUCAUAAGCGUCGACACGGUAUUGAAAGAAUGACGCCAUCCUGCCCCCAUUGCGACUACAUCCCUCGGAAAGAUGAGAACGUUGGUGAACAUAUAAGACUACAUUUCACAAGACUUUACAAACCGGAAUCCUAUCUUAUUAUAGAGCUUUUAACUUUGACAAUGAAGAAAAUAGCAUCAAAUGGAAAGGAAGAGAAACAGAAGGCUGCUGAAUUACUUUUUAAGGAGUACGCGGAUGGAAGGUUCUUUCCAUUCGCUGAUACAAAUGCAUUUGGUAGCCCUUCAAAUAGUCACAAGGAAAAGGUUAUAGUAGAUCCGAAUACCGGCGAAACGAAACAUCAUUUUCCUCUUUAAUCCUCUUUAAUCCUCUUUAAUCCUCUUUAAUCCUCUUUAAACUGACGUUAAAUGAUAACAAUGUAAUGUGUACAUAUAUUUUUCUGUAUAUAAUAAUAAGCAUAUAGCGCGUAUUAGAUGUCGAUCUUAUAAACAUUUUCUAGGUUCUUCAAUUUAUCGAAUUACAAUGAAAUUACUAAAAAAUGAUGAUUACGUUCAAGUAAUAGAUUAUAGAAAUGCAUGAACGUAAUUUGAUUACCGAUUGCUGCUGUUAUAAGCGAUAUUGUAGCUCGAUAUUGUUUGAUCUUUGUGAUUGAAUGCGUCGUAAAACGUAUAAAACUAGAGAUAUGCCAUGUUUUAUUCGUUUUAUUAAGCAUCUCUCCAGACAGUUUAAUACUACUGUAUAUAAAAUUUGAAAUGAUCAAUAUCUUGUAUGAUACAAUAACAAUAAACGAGUGCUAUAUAUACAUAAA